UAGAUUUCUGCUUCUAAAUCAGAUUAUGAUAACAAUGUUCUUCAAGAAACCCCUCUUCUCUCUAACAUGCUUCAUCAUCGUCUUCUUCCUGGCAUGUGUUUCCAUCACCUCUGCCAUUCACCGUUAUGAAGCUGUUGCUGGCUAUGGAGGGUCGUCGACGGUGGUGAAGAAAGACGAAAGGCAGAUUCUUGUGUCGACGGAGUUCGGGCAGAUCUCGGCCGUCAAUGUUAGCGACGGCAUCGGAGGACAGUAUCAUCUACAGUUCAUCACCUUGGAACCCAACGCCCUGUUUCUUCCCGUUAUCCUCCAUGCCGACAUGGUUUUCUAUGUUCACACCGGAAGUGGGUCGUUAAGUUGGUUGGAGGUGGAGGCAGAUAAUACCAAUAAUCUCGAUUUAGAAAGGGGUGAUGUUUAUGGAUUGCCGGCAGGUUCCAUUUUCUAUUUACAGAGCAGCUUAGAACCAGAGAGACAAAAACUCAGAAUCUACGCCAUGUUUGUCAACUCAAACGAAGCCGCCUUUCAAGAACCAGUAUUACCCAUGGGAACCUAUUCAAGCAUCCGGGAUCUUUUGCUAGGGUUUGACAAAAAGGUCCUACAAAGUGCUUUUCAGGUUUCUGCGGAAGCGAUAGAAGAGUUGAUGAGCAGUGAAAGACAACCGCCAAUUGUUCAUUCGGUAGUAUCAAAGAGAGAAGAAGAAAAAGAAGAGAAGAAAAAGAAGAAGAAAAAGGGGGGGAAGCAAUUAAUAGAAUCUCGAUUCAUGGAAGCUGUAAUGGGUAGUAGGAGUUACAGAAUGUUGUUCAAUUUCAAUGAGGAAACCAUGAACAAGAAGGGGAAGGGAAAGAAGAAGAAGAAGACGAGCACAUUUAACUUCAUGAAUGCAGACCCUGAUUUUCAGAAUUGCAAUGGUUGGAGCCUUGCUGUCACAAGCAAUAACUUGCAAGCACUUAGGACUCCUGAUGUAGGCCUUUUCAUGGUCAACUUAACUCGGGGUGCGAUGAUGGGGCCGCAUUGGAACCCCAUGGCUAUGGAGUUGGGAAUAGUUACACAUGGACAGGGAAUGGUUUUAACUGUUUCCUCUUCUCAUGGAGAAAUAAAAAGUGAGAGGGUGAAAGUAGAAGAAGGAGAUAUUUUUGUUGUUCCUAGGUUUCAAAUGAUGGCACAGUUAGCUUUCAACAAUGAUUCGUUUGUGUUUAUGGGAUUUAGCACAACAUCGAGGAUAAAUCAUCCUCAGUAUGUGGCAGGGAAGGCUUCAGUGUUACAGGUGUUAGAUAGAAAGGUGUUGGCUAUGUCUUUCAAUGUGACAAAUUCUACUAUGGACCAAAUCUUGAACCCUGCUGUUGAAUCAAUUAUUCUGGAGUGCGGUUCUUGUGCUGAAGAAGAAGAGAGGAUAAUGAAUGAGGAGAUUCGGAAAGAAGAAGAUAGGAAAAGGGAAGAGGAAGAAGCUAAGAAAAGAGAAGAAGAAGAAGCUGCUGCUGCUAGAAAGAGGGAAGAGGAAGAAGCAGCGGCUAGGAAAAAGGAAGAGGAGGAAGAAGCAGCUAGGAAAAAGGAAGAGGAAGAAGAGCUGAGAAAAAGAGAAGAGGAGGAGGCUAGAAAAAGAAAGGAGGAGGAAGAAGAAGAAGCUAGGAAAAAGGAAGAGGAAGAAGAGAUGAGAAAAAGAGAAGAGGAGGAGGCUAGAAAAAGAGAAGAGGAGGAGGAGGCUAGAAAAAGAAAGGAAGAGGAAGAAGAAGAAGCUAGGAAGAGGGAAGAGGGAGAAGCUAAGAAAAGGGAAGAAGAGGAAGCUAAGAAAAGAGAAGAAGAAGAGAUGAGAAAAAGAGAAGAGGAAGAGGAAGAGGAGGCUAGAAAAAGAAAGGAAGAGGAAGAAGCUGCAAGAAGAAGAGAAGAGGAGGAGGAAGAGGCCAAAUGGGAAGAAGAGGAAGCUAGGAAGAGAGAAAAAGAGCAAGAAGAAGCUCAAAGAAGAAAAGAAGAGGAAGAGGUUAAGAAAAGAGAGGAGGAAGCUAUAAGAAGAAAAGAAGAAGAGGAGGAAGAGGCCAAACGGGAAGAAGAGGAAGCUAGGAAGAGGGAAAAAGAACAAGAAGAAGCUCAAAGAAGAAAAGAAGAAGAAGAAGAGGCUAAGAAAAGAGAGGAGGAGGAGGAAGAGGCCAAACGGGAAGAAGAGGAAGUUAGGAAGAGGGAAAAAGAGCAAGAAGAAGCUCAAAGAAGAAAAGAAGAAGAAGAAGAGGAAGCUAGGCAGAGUGAAAAAGAGCAAGAAGAAGAAGCUCAAAGAGUAAGAGAGGAAGCUAUAAGAAGAAUAGAAGAGGAAAAAGCCAAACGUGAAGAAGAGGAAGAGGUUAGGAAAAGAGAGGAGAAGCAACAAGAAGAAGAAGAAGAAUGGAAAGGGGAAGGAGAAGGAGAGGAGACAGCAUGA